AUGUUAUAUUUUAUCAUAGCAAUAGUCACAUUUGCAUCCUAUUUUAUUUUGGUACCUGAACUUUUCAAGUAUUAUUGGCCAGAACAAGUUGAGAGCAGUAACUCAAAUAUCUAAUCAUUAGAAUAUUGGUUUCAAAUCUUAAGCAUGCAAGCUAUGCACAUUGUUGUCUACAUAAUUGUCAAUGGAUCCUACGGUAUCAUCUACUAUUUGAACCAUCCCUUCUUCGAGUAAUUCAAGGUCGAGAAGGUAAUCAUAUCAAUUAAACUAUCAUUCAGAAACCUUGGCCUUGGCAUUCGGAUAAAAAAGAAUGGAUCAAAUUGAGAAAUGAGACUUUCAAGAACUUCAUCAUUAAUUUAAUAAUUGGUAUAUUAUUAGCAAUGGCUUUUGGUAUAACCGGAGUAAAAUAUAGGUAAACAUAUGAAUUAUGAAGAUUUGAUCGUGAAUCACUUCCGGAUUUAUGGGAAAUGAUACCAUAAUUUUUGUUCUGUAUUAUAAUUGAAGAUGUAGGAUUUUAUUGGUCACAUCGUUUACUACACAUUCCAUCCCUUUAUAAAUAUCAUAAGUAGCAUCACUAAUACACUGUGACAAUAUCAAUAUCUGCAGAAUAUUCAACUGCUUUAGAAUAUCUAUUGAGUAAUCUACUCCCAUUCAUUAUUGGCCCAAGAUUACUGAAUGAGAAAUUGCAUAUGAUGACAUUGUUGAUUUGGAUAGGAAUCAGAGUUUAUAAGACAUUGUCAGCACAUUCAGGAUAUGUGUUUCCUUGGGAGAUCUUCUAAUAUAUUCCAUUUUUAGCAUUUUCCGAAUUCCAUUCAUAUCAUCAUAGCCAUAAUGAUGGCAAUUUCGGCUCAUUCUUUGUACUUUGGGAUUAUUUGUUUGGCACUUCAAAUAAUUAUUACUAAUAAAAAUGGAAGGACAAUUAUGGUAUUUUGAACAUCUACAACCCUCUCAAAAGUAAAGCCAAAUGA